AGCUGUGGAACAUGUAAAAAUACUAAUGGCAAACCUCGAUGUCGUUAAACUGUCUACUGUAGUGAAAGAAAAAGAGGAUUAUGAACAACGCUUUGACACACCAACAAAGGAAAAUCUUCCAGUAGUUUCGAGAGAUGAUGACCCUGUUAUUAAAAAUAUAAUCUCUGCAAUAAAACAGGUAGAAAGGAAAAUGCAAGCUGACAGUGUAAAAUUUGAUUUUGAUAUAUUGAACACUGAUUCACAUUUAUGGAAAGAUAUAAACACUCCACCACCAGAUCGUUCAUCAAUGAGGUACUUGAACUGGCUGCAGAGAACUAAAUUGAAACUAGAGGAAAUGGAUUUUUCUGCUUUAGAGACUGAAAGCAGGGCUUAUAAAAUAAAGCGUUUUCUUCAUGCCUGUUUUAGGAAUAUAGAGGUGUAUUUACAAGCCUAUGGUACAAACGAAACUCUCGAAUAUAAAGAUGUGAAGGAAGAAUUGCAAAAAGAAUGCGAAUCGUUUGAGCAUGAAAGCCAAACAGAUUGUCAUGAGCAGGAGAAAGAAUUAGUUACAAUUAUGCAAGAAGUAAUAAAUGGGAUACCUGAAGACGAAAAAUCGAAUCCCGAUAUUAACAAGGUGAUACAAGAGUUGGAAGAUGAGUUCAAAGAAAGGGGCAAAAACUCAAGAUUUCUUAUUUUUGUGAAACGAAGAAUGACAGCAAUAAAACUUGCAGACAAACUUCCGGAUAUCUUACAUAGUCACCAUUUAACUGGUAGCUGUAUUUCAGAAGAACAGGGAGGGUUAUCAGUCGAUGAACAAACCGACGUAAUUGAGAGGUUUCAAAGUGGAAUGCACAAGUGCCUCGUAGCCACUUCUGUUGCAUUUGAAGGUAUAGAUAUUCCAGAUUGUAACAUGACAAUUCGUUAUAAGUUAGAUGCUAACGUUAUCACAAGUCUACAGAUGACAGGAAGGAUACGAAAGAAAGAAGGGAAAGGGUUGAUCAUGGGCACUUUUAAGCAAUAUCACAAGGAAACACUUAAUAUCGAACGACAAUACAUAAUGAAUAAGUCUGUAGAAAUGAUAGUUAACAAUAACGACAACCAAGCUCUUGCUAAAGAACUUGACAAACUCCAAACAGAUACUCUUAAAAAGGAAGAAAUGAAACGAAGUACAAGGAAUGCAAUAACCAAAAAAAAUGCACAAUUCGAAUUGCAUUGUCGUAAAUGUUUUAUGUUUAUAUGCAAAGGAAAUUUUCUACGGUCAUUACUUGAAUGUCAUCGUGUAGUCAUUGAUAUUGACUUAAUGGAUACGAUCAAAACUAAACCUUUAAAAAAGAAAGCCAGGUUCUUUGAUGGACUUGUGAAGAAAUAUAAAGUAGAAGGUCCAUGUUGCCACGACUGGGGCGUUAUUCUAGCCAAAGAUGAUGUGAACAUGUUAUGUCUUUCACAAGAUGAUAUAAAAGUUUACAACACAUCAGAAAAUAAGUAUGAAAAAAACUUUCGCAAAUGGAUCGAAUUUCCCUUUGAAGUCGAUGAAAUGACAGAAGAAGAGUUUCUAAACUAUCAAAAAUUGGUAAAGUUAAGCUAGACUACGGACAACUUUUCACGGUGUAGUUAUUGUGAAUUUGAACUGAUGAAAAAAAUGUGAAAA